AUGGGAUCUUAUGUGAAAAGUCAAUCCCCAAAACAGCUACAGGUCAAUAUAGAUGUGAAGGAAACAAAAGCAGACCAGAGGACAGAAGAAAUACCAAUAACAGAAGGCUAUUGUGGUUUUAAUGACAGAAGGCUGGUGUGGUUCUUGUGGAGAUUUUUGUUUGGUGAGUUGCACUUUGAGGACUGUAAUGGUUUGAAAAGUGUGUGUUGUAAGUAG